CUCUACAGGGACGUGAUGCAGGAGAACUACGAGGCACUGGCCUCCCUGGGGACAGCGGAGCUGGUGCCCCUCUCUGCCUUCCUGUCUCCCGCGGAGCCUGGCGGAGCCAGAAGCAAAGCUGGUGAGGGACAGCCGCCCCUUGGCUGUGGCCUCUCCGCAGGAGGAGCGCCCCAGCACAGCCUGCAUCUCACCGCCCUGGUGCAGCUCGUGAAGGAGAUUCCAGGGUUCCUGUUUGGGGAAGUCGGCCCCGAGGGCGGGGGAGCCGGCCCGGAGGGGGAGCGGCCGGGCCCCGGGGCAGCUGUGACAGUGGACACUUGUCCCCUGCAAGGGCUGCUCAGCCGCCUUCCAGACACGCCCGUCGGCCGGCCAGGUCUGGCCACCACGCCCAGCGGUAGCUCAUCGUCCAGCGGUUCGCCCGGAGCCGUGGGGCAGGGCAGUCCCCUCCCCAUCAAAACUGCAGACACGCCUGGGCCUGCAGAGCAGGAAGGCCCUGGAACCCCAGGCGGGGAGCACAGUCCUCCCACCGGCAGCCCUGGCAGGAGGAAGAGCCACCGAAAACAGCAGAGGGGAGCCUCGGGGGCAGGGUCCGCGGGAGCCUCUCCGGGGAACAGCCCCCUGCAAGGCCUCAUCAACUGCCUGAAGGAGAUCCUUGUGCCUGGGCCCCAGCACCCUGAGGCACCCCCACGCCUGCCUCCUGUCCCAGGCCCAGGCCUGGCCCGGCCACCCAGGGUGGGGCUGGGCCCCGGGAGCCCGCCCUGUGGAGUGAAAACAGAGGCAGUGGCCGGGGGUUGUCCCCUCCAGGGUCUGCUGAACUGUCUGAAGGAGAUCCCCGUGGCCCAGGACAAGCACCCCAGCCCUUCAGGACGGGGGGACCCAUGGCUGCCAGAGGAUCCAGGCGCCUGGAAAAGGACUUCCGGAGGGCCCAGGCCCCCGCAGACCCCUCCUCCCUGCCCUGGCGCUGGCCGCGUGCUCUCAGUGAAGAUGGAGGACAGCUGGGCCCAGAGCCCCCCAGUGCCUGCAUCCUGUCAGCUUCGCAAGCCCACCCACAGCCCCUGUGCCACCGGCAGCCAGGGGGGCGACAGAGACACCAGGGGGGUCCGAGUGCCCAGCUGGGGCCCCGCAGCUCAAGCCAGCAGUGCCUCGAGCUCGCCCCUGGAAGCCCUGGAGGCCUGUCUGAAGGGCAUUCCCCUGAGCGGGUCGUUGCCUCCCCAGCCGCCGGCCCCGUCUUGGUUCCGGAGCCCCCAGCCGGGAGACCCCGGGUCUCCGAGGCCCGAGCUGCUGCCCCGAGGCUCGCACAGUCAAGAAGCGAUGGCGGGACCUCUUCUGGCUCUGGGCCUGCAGGGCUUCGCCAGGGACGGCUCUGCCCUGCCGCCCGGGCCCCGCGGCACCCCCACCAGCUGCUCCUCGUCCAGCAGCACUGACGGGGACCUGGACUUCCAGAGCCACGAGGGCAGCCAGGGGCGCAGGCCUGGGAAAGGGAUCCCAGUCGGAAGUGCCCCCCUCCAGGGCCUGGAGAAUUGUCUCAGAGAGAUACCUGUGCCCAAGUCACAGCCUGCCUGGCCCUGGUCCUCGGCAGGGGACAGAGAACCCCGGAGAAUGGAGCCCAAGACCUGGACAGCAGACAAGGAAGCAGGACUGAGGAGCGCAGUCUGGGAGACAGUCCACCUCAGGAGGGACACGCCCACCAGGAGCCUGUGGCCGGCCAGCCCGCAGGCCCUCUCCUCCAGCAGCGCCCCUGCCUGCUGCCAACGAGGGCUUAGGGACCACGCGGCCGCCAGGCCAGGACCCUGGAGGUGGCUCCCAGACGGGGCAGCCUCCACGCCCUCCCCACUUCACUGCCUGGAGAACUCUCUGAAGGGGAUCCUGCCCGGGCGGCCCCUGCGCUUCGCCUGCUUGGCUGGCCCUGGCCCCAGCCCCAGCCCCGGCACCGGCUCCAGCUCCAGCGCUGGCUCCAGUUUCAGCAGCUCCGAAGGAGAAGACCCGAGGCUGGAGCCUGAGCUCUGGCAGCCGCUCCUGCAGGAGAGGAACCCUCUUCCCAGCAGCAAGAGUCCCAGCCCUCCGACCCCACGCCCUGGCGGCCCCCCGGCCGGCCGCAGCCCUGCUGGAGGCCGCAGGGGAGCGGAGCCCAGGGAGCACUUUGGUCUCAGUGCAGGGGCCGCUGGGAGUCUCUGCCCCGCCCCUUGGCCAGAGAAGAGGCCCGGGCUGGGGCCCUGCCCGCCUCCGGGGUCAGCCCCUCAGCCCCUGUUCCGGAAGCCCAGGGUUGGUGACGAAUCCGGAGGCCCGGGCCCUGGACACAGAGGACCCAGCGCUGCAGCCAGGACCGAGGAGAGGCCACAUCCCGGAGGCCUGCCUGAGCCGGCCCCCGAGGCCACCGCUUCCCCCGCUCUGCCUCCUGCUGCCCCGCGGCCGCCGUGUCCCUGCGGGGGCUCCCUGCAGCAGGAGCUCCGUGGCCUCAGCGCCGCCCUGGCGGAGAAGCUGGAGCGGCUCGCGGCUGCCCUGGCUGGCCUGUCUCAGGAAGUGGCCACCGUGCGGGCCCAAGUGGGUCAGCUCGGGAGGCGCCCGCAGGGCCCUGGGUCAAAGAGCCGGGCCUCCUGGCCGUGGGCCCCCCGCCGGGGGCCUCACUGGGCGCACAGCCCGGCCCACAGACACCUGCCACACCGGAGACAGAAGGGCCCCACCAGGCCGAGACCAAAGAUCCUGCGCAGCCAGGCGGAAGGCUGCAGGGCUGGCGAGGCCGCAGGCCUCUCCCGGGGGGCGCUGCACCUGGUGCCCCAGCUGCCUCCAGGAGCCCCCCAGGCAGAGUCGUCUGGGACCAGCUCCAGCCCUUCCCAGCAGCCACCGUCCUCGGCAUUCAGCCGAGCUGGGCUCCCAGUGCACCCCCCGCUCAGACACACGGGGGGCCCCCAGAGUCCCCCUGCCCCUUCUGCGCCUGCUGCUUUCCCUCCCCAGAUGGCCUCUCCUGCCUCCAGGGCAGAUGCAGAGCCACCGGCCGCAGCGGCUGUGCCCACGGAGACCCAGAGCUGGCCCAAGGAUGUAAACGGCCUGUUGGCAGGGGUCCAGAGAGCCCUCAAGGAGGAACUGUGGGGUGGAGAACACAGGGACCCGCGGUGGGUGGCCCCUAACCGCCUUCUCCAUCAGCUCGUCCCUGAGGACGCCCUGCCCCCUGUCGCCUCUCCCAGGGGCCAGCCGGCCCCCACACGCCGCUCCAGCCAGACCUUCCCUAUUCCUGGCCUGUGAGGGCUGGGUGUCCCCUUUGGCCUGACCGCCCCAGACUCCGAGAUGUGUUUGCUCAGGGGGCCGCCACAUGGGGCGUGCUCCUCAGCCACGCCCGUCCUCGGCUCAGGUUCAUCCAGGCGUUGCUCCCCUCCCACCUCUGCCACCAGAACUCAGUGGCGGGCACCUCUGCACAGCAUGCGUGCCCAGGGGGCCCACAAGGCCCCUCUUCCUGACCCUGCCCUUGCUGCUCUCAGUGCUGGGAAGGCAGCGGCUCUCGCCUUCCUUGUAGCUGCAGGCAGAGAUUUCGUUUGGGGAGAGUUCCACUCCUUGGUCCAAGUGAGAUGCACCCAUGUGGAUUCUAAAAAUCGCAAAGUUGGAAGCUAAGGGAAGGGCCCUUGGCAAAAAGGGGCUCAGUGGGUCCACAGCAGGGCAUGGCUGAUCAGUUGCCAGUCCUGGGACCAGCUGGCAUCGGGGGGCGGUCAGGGGCACUGGGAGCCAAUCCAUCCAGGUGGUCCAGAUCCAAUCAGACUGUAUAGGAAGUUCGGAAUUUUUUUUUUUAAGAAUAUGGAAAAUAAGUUAUAAAAUGAAUGGUAAAAAGCUUCGUGGUUCUCAGCUACGUUGAUCUCACAGGUCCACGGCCACGCAAACCAAAAACGUUUACAGUCAUUCACAGCCUUCCAGCUUCACUGGUUGGGAAGAACCUGUGUACAGGUUAGGGCUUUGGGCACGUGUCUCAGCUACUUUAUGUGGAGAUGGCACUUCGGUGGGAGAAACAGGGGCCUUUUUGAACUCAGGAAUUUCAAGGGUUUGGAGGUGAGGGGCACAGGAGGCACUCGCCCUACCUGUCACCAUCCUGGCAAGUAGCCCGGAGGACGGUCCCUGGCCAACCUGGGCACGGGCCUUCCUCCGUCCAUGCCCCAUCGGCCACCCGCCAGCCUGAGGCCUCUGUAGGCGGGAAAAAGAAGGUCCCGCUUAAGUCUCGGAAUCAGAGCAUAGGCCCACAGGCUCCUGGCCACUCCUGAGGAGUCUGCAGCGGGGUGCAGGGCCCACAGUGGGCUGCCGGUGACACCCCAUCAUGUCACAGCUGUCUCCAAAAGGAGCUUGGUUCAUUGACUUGACCCUCACCUUCUGUGUCUUUGUGUUUUAGAUGUGGCUUCAGUAAACAGCUUGUAGUUGGAUUUUAUUUUUUAAUCCAGCUUGACAAAAUGUUUUCUUCUUACUUGGAGCCCCGAGUCC